UAUAAGUGUGGACAUGUACACAGAUAACCACGUGGGUUUCAUGGAGUGAAAUGAGCACCGGCAGACAAGAUGGCAUCCCCAGUGAAGAAAACAAGGACGACUUCCGAAGAAAGUGUAAAACGUAAACCAACAAAACAGAAGAAAGAUGUCUUUACUGAAGUCGAAUUUAAAUUCCAGCUGCGCGAUGCGAACACAGCCUUUUCAGCUUUGGAGAAGUUCCUUGAAGCAGCAGAGAAGUACCCGGAUGAAGCGAAGUAUGACAUCGUGGGCAAGUACCUGGAGACAUCUGAGGAGUGUGGAGAAAUCUUCAAGCUGUUCGAGGAAUCCAUAAGGAAACCAGGCGAGAUACUCACACUCUUUAGUGUGUUAGAAUGUGUCUUCAUCCGAUUGGCUGAUGCCAAUGAGAGGCUCCAGCUGAUUGGUGAGAACAUCGUACAGCGGAUCCUGGCGUCCCACCUGCGCGUCAUCUACUUCAGUCUCAGUCUCAACAACAAGAAUCAGCUGAUCAAGAAGACAUUACGUCUGCUGACACGCAUGGUAGCGUUCUCCCCGCUGUCGGCCCGAGCGGUACAGAUGCAGUUUGACUUCAGCCAUGUCAACGUUCAAGUGCUCUGCCAGAGGCGGGACAUCAAGGAUUCCCAGGAUGUGCGGACCUGCUUCAUCCACUUCAUCAUGGCGUUCCUCCUGAUCGGGGACGAGAACGUGGUGAGGCAGAUGGUGGAACAGAGGGUCAUGCUUCAGAAAAUACUCCACGGCAUUGUGUCGGACAAGGUGGAAAAUGUUCAAAUCAUCUUGACAACACUUUUGGACAAGGUUGUCCAGAGUUCGACCAUCACCAAGACGGCCAAGGUCCACCUGUUUGCGGAGAACAUCCUGAAACAGCUGAGUCAGCUGUAUUGGUGGCAGGGCCCCCAGCACUGGAAGGAGGGCAAGGGCAAGAAGGACGCCCCCAAGACGCCAGUGAGCCAGGAGGAGAGGGAGCUGGUGGGUCAAGCUGUCCACGCCUUCCUCACUGACCUCUGCUGCUCCUUCAAGACUGGCAUCAACUUCUACGACAGCUCCCUUGGAACAUCGGGAAAGAAUCAGAACCACAUCCUGACUGGCUUCCUGUCAUCGCUGCAGAAGGCGUACACUCACCCCUUGUCUGCAGACCUAGUCACCAGUGUGCUGCGAGCAUGUCCUGACCAGUUGCAUCACUUCCUGUUGUCAGUAGCACCGUCACUCAAUCCCAGGCCUUCCACCGCCUGGGUCUCCAGCAUGGACUUCCUCAUACAGAUUUAUGUGGCCCAGCCUGAUGAGCUGAGCUUCCUAAACAACAAACUCCCGAGUUCGGACCUGAACCUUGUCGCGAUGUCUCUGGUGUUUAUCCUGCCCCCAGACAAGGUCAUGUCGUCCUUCACCUGGGGUCUCAAGCAACCCUCUCAGCCAAUGAGACACAAGAUCCUGGACUUCCUGAAGGUGGCGCUGCAGAGGGCGCUGCACAUCCUGACACAUCUCCGGAGUCUGGCGGACUUGACUGACCCCUCCCUCGCACAGCUGGGCCCUCGCCUCAGGGAGGCUCUGUUGAAGAAGCUGCCGGAUGCUGCCGCCCUGCUGGGCUGCUGGACCAAGAUGAUGGCAGAGAAGACCCAGCCCAACACUGAUGUAUCAAAAGAAGGUCUUCCAGGCGUGUCCAGCAUGAAGCACAUGGUGAGGCUGCAGCAGGUGAUGUGUCUCUACCAGGAGCUGGUCCCCGCCAUGUUGUCCGACAGCCCCACCCAUGUCAGCAGCCUCCUGGAGGGGGUGAGGGGAGUCGGGGAGGGGGUGGGGGGAGUUGGCGAGGGGGGACAGGAUGAUGAGGACAGGAUGCUACCCCAGCUGUACCUCCUGAAGCUGCUUGCCGGAACUGAUGCCAGGCAGCUGCCCUGGGCUAAAGAGAACGCCGCCCGGCACAGUCUGAUGUACCUGCUGCUGGAGAUGGCCUCCCAGGUGUCUGCCAGCCACAAGCUGAGGGAGGUCACACACCACCUGGUGGCCAAGCUGCUGCAGAGCACUGGCCUCUUCCCCGACCAGGACCAGGAGCUGGCGAUAUGGCUGCGUCAUCUGGCCGUCACCAUGGCGCCAGGGGUGGUGAACUUCGCUGCCAGAAUGAUGACCAUGUUUGUGAGCAACCCCUACCCCUACAUGGACCGAGUGACGGACAUCGUGGCAGGGGUUGCUGUAGACGACGUGCAGCACGGAGACUCGGGAACACAGGCCGAGGAGAAGACCAUCACAGAGAUUUUAGCAAUGGAUUUUGGAGAAGACUGGGACUCUGCAUCAGACAAAGAUAUAAAGGCAGAGCAACCGGAAAAGCAAUCCACUCAAAAGAGAUUCCCCUUCAGUCCGCUCACACUGAUUGGCUUGGACUUGUUGAACACAGACGUGCAGUACAAGGACAACGCAGGAGUUUUGGACUACUUCUCGGCUGCCAUGUUGGAUAUCGUUCACACCCAAGUUGACCCAGUUGCCUACGCUACCCUAGUGAGUAGACAGCAGCCAGCCGCCUCCAGACACGCUCAGUACAUCACUUCCUGGAUGCACAACACCAAGCCGUGGAAGCCGCAGAAGUCAGACAGGAGUUCGUCCGAUGCCGCUGUGUUGGUGCAGGUGUUGUGGAGUGACCCCGAGGUGGCUGCCGAGAUGACCGACGCACUGGUGGCCGCUGUGAAGAGUUUCGGUGUCAGUGAGUCAGUGCUGCUGGCCCAACAACUACUUCUGUGUAUCAGGCAAACUGUGCACAACCUGCAGCAGAUGCAAGGUACUGCCGAGCAGUCACUGAAGACAUACUUCAAGCUUCUGAGAGUUGUGGUCAGGAACAUAGUGUCAAACUCCCAAGGUGCCAACUCCCAGCAAACUGGAUCAGAAAUAUCAGCAGAGUUUGAGAUACUUCAGGCCAGUCAGAAGUCUGGCCAGGACAUCUUGACAGACAUCCUCAGUACCAUAUUCCAGCAUCCGACCCUGAAAGCAGCCUUCCUCAAACAUGACUCCAGUUCCACUGACACGUUGGAUGUUGACGCUCUCCUUACAGAGGAGAUGAUGACACUGCUGCUGAUGGUGGAGCUGAAGGAUGCUGUAGUAGACCACGCCUUGAGGGAUGUUUUCAGCGUGUACGCAGAACGGAUUUUGAAGUCACUAAAGUCAGUUCUCACAGAAUCAAGCACAUUGGAAUCUCUGAAACUUGUGACCAGCUCUGUGGAAGCCCUCCUGCCAUUCCUAGAUCCAGCUGUGUAUUUUAGCAGUUUCCUGGAACAGCUGCUAGACUUCCCAUCCAGUGUUCUGGUAUCUAAGGGGAAAUCUAAGAAACUUUCAAAAGCUGGUGAACUUGUGAUAAAUCUGGCCUCGAAGUCACUUGCAGAAUUGCAAGAGAGGUCGAAGGGGAGACAACUCCUGCCCUUUGCAAAAAUAUCCACUUUAAUGGAUUUGAUGACUGCAUCCAGAGAUGAGUUCCUGGGGGAGUUUUGUCGUCAUUUGCUGGAGGUUCAACCUUCCUAUUGUCUGGCUGUGAGUCGGGAAUUGUGGGAAUAUUUGCUUGAUCACAUGACCAUAGGUCGAGUUGGUAUGGUGACGAGAAUACUGUGCCAGAACUUGGUACUGAGGACGGAGUUUGAGGACUGGCUGGUGAGAUCGGUGGAUCGAGUGAGGGAAGAGAGAGGAUUGUAUGGCAAGGUCAUCGUGACCUACCUGCGCCUGAAAGGAAGGAAAGAGUCAGGACAGGGUACCAAUGGCCAGCGGUGUGUGAAGACUGUGGAGAAACUGUACUUGACCAGCACACCCGACCUUCUAGGUGAGACCGACGUGUCGGUCAUCAGCGUUGUGUGUGCUCUUGUCCAGGAGAACUGUAUCGGAGAACAGAAGGUGAGCAAGAUCUGGUCUGAGCUGUCUUCAGGUCUGUGUGAUCACGAGGACAUCCUGCAAGGCCACCUGGAGGUGUUGUUGCACUUGUACCACCUGCAGACGUCUACUGGCGGGGAAAAGGGGGACACACACUCCGGGGACCUCCUGGGGGCGCUGAUGAGGACACUCGUACUAAGUGCAGGGAGGAAACAUGGGAGGGACCAAGAUGUAGAAGACUACAGUCUCAAGGUCAUGGCCCAGGUGCUACAGAAUUCUGAAAGUGGAAUAAACACAGGCAAGAUGGUGGCCGGGUGGUUGGACUUUGUCAAAGUUUGUCUCAAAGCUCUGUUUUCGGAGGCGAAGCUGCUGAAGGUGAUUGACAGGCUGGUUCCGCUGGUGUAUGUUGAGUCACAUGACGUGUCUCCACCAAUCACAAUGCUGUAUGAGAUGCUUAUGAGCCACUCACAGUUCAUGCUGGUCAUGCUUGGGGAGAAAGGUCAGGAGGUCAAAGACCAGAUGGUGAAUGUCCUGUUGACUCUGAUUGAAACCAGCUCGGAAUGCUGUGACCCCAGUCACUACACUGUGUUACAGGGGGCAUACGGCGCCACUCUCUCCCAGACAGACCAAAAAAUCCUAAAGAUGAUGUUCCUGUAUGAGAAGCAUGGCAAGGGUCUGAGUGAUGCUAGGCCGUUCCUGUGGGGUCCGAAGGCGGUUGAGCACUACGCACUGCGGAAGAGCCUGGCGUCCUCCCUCCUCAAGCAGCCAUCGAUGGAGCAGAUCGUGGAGGCCUUCGAUGUCCGCACCAUGUACAAGUCAGCUCUGAACUUCCCCAUUGGCAGGAAGCUCAUGCCUGCGGAGGUGAUGGAGGCGGAGGAGGUCAAGGCCGCUGUGGAUGUGUAUGAUCCUUGCUUUGUGCUGCCGUUGUUCUGCGGACUCCUGACAUCAGAUUCCCUGGUAGACUGUCGGAAGUUUGUGUCCAGUCACUGCCUUGCGUACACGCUGACUGCCCUGAGCAGCCACGACCCGGGCAUACGGAAGGCUGCGUACACUAUACUGGCUCGCUACGUGGACCACCUGUCGGGCGUCAAGUUCCAUGAACGGCUUCAGGUGACCUACCUGCUGGACACAUUACGAAACAGUGUCCAGGAACCGAACCAACGUCUGUCUUGUCUCAUCUCCCUCUUCCUGGCCCGCGUCUCACGUCUCAUGCUACAUCCAGACGAGCACAUGUACCGGCAGAUGAACAACUUCCUGCUGCUGAAGCCGAGCCUUGACACUGUGAACGUACCCGAGUUCUACAAGCUCUUCAACAGCGCCGACCAACAGCACAGGAAGGAAAGGACGUGGAUUGUGAGUCUUCUGGCGGACGGUCUGCGGGAGAUGUCCGACUACAAGACGAUGGAGAGAAGGUUCACCUUCAAACUGCUGCAGGGAUUCUGUGACUCCGCUAUGAGCGACCAAUUCUCCCAGGUCCGAGUGUUGAGGAUAGUUAAAGCAGCGUGUUCGGGUCGGCCGAUGGCGGUAGAUCUGGCCAAGAACCACGGCAUCCUCACCUGGCUCAGUGGCUUCAUCGUGAAACCGCUGCAUGACGUGGAGCACUGUGAGCUGCUGGCCUCCAUCCUCCACGCGCUGUGGUUCACCAUGACGGGGGAGGGGGGCAGGAUGCUGCCGUCACAGUUUGUGCGAGAGACCCUGCUGUGCUGUAAGAGGCUCAUCACUCACAUCAGACAUCAUGAGUUCUCUUGCCGCUCCCUCCUGUUGCUAACAGAGACCAUGGUGUCUUCCCUCCAUCACCUCGCCGAUCUCACCGGGGACACAGCACAUGGGGAGUCCUCUCCCACAGAAACAAUCACAGUCAAGGAGGUCCUUCUGCUCCUGCUGAGCUGUAGCCGACUGCAGAAGGACCUUGCAACAGCUGCACAGCUGAAGACCUUACUCAGCACUCUGGGUAUCCACAUACAGGUUGCCAAGGCAACGGUUGAGAAGAAGCGGAAGGACUACCAUGAGGAGGAGGUGGAGCUCAUAGAGGAAGAAGCGGAGAAGAUGGAGGUGGAUGAGGGGGAAAAAAUGGCCUCAACUGAGAAAUCAAAUCCAGAGUCUUUGAAAACAGAAGAAACAUCCGACAUUGGUGAAAAGGAGUUAGAAACACGGAAUAGAGCGAAGGUAUUGAACAGUGUGUGUAGGAUUUGUCUGUAUUGGACUCCACAGACAUGUGUGUCAUCAUCCUUGUCGAGAGGUCAGGACAGCUCCAGCGAGUGUGCAGUGGAGAAAGUACACGUGUCCAGUUCCCUCGUCGCCAUGGCCUGGACCCUGCAACACCAACCUCAGGCCGACAGUCCAAAACUAAAGUCGGACAUUCUUUCUUGGGUUUUAAGUAUUUUGUGUCAUGAAAAUGGUUUCGGUCAAGUUUGCAGGAAAGUCGUUAUUGACUUGUCAGAUUUCUCAUCCCAGUUUUUGUCCAGUUUGUUGUCAAUAUAUAACAGCCUGUUAGACUUGCCUGGUAAGACAGAAGGGAAGCUGCCCAUUGAUGUGUCAGAAGAUGCAUUCCGUGAUGCUGGACCAGCAGAGAAUACAGACUGUGUACAUUCCUCACUGAAACUGCUCAACAAGAUUGUUGUGUGUGUGUUGGAGGGAGCAGGUCGUGGAGGAUCGCGACACAAAGCUCUGGACGCAGCUACAUCUGUGCAGGAGGAUAGUUCAUUGUCGUCCCAGGAGAGAUCAUCGCUGGUCCUGCGGGAGUGUCUGCUGGAGUCAGCUGGUCAGUCUACACCAAGUGUUACCAGCGCUGGACAUGGUACAGCUGUUUCUGAUGACAGCAUACUGGAUGUGACACAGGAUGGAAAUGAGGCAGGGACAAAAACUCCCAAAAAUAAGAAAAGAAAAAAUCAACACCCCCAGAACCUUAACACAAACUCAUCACAUAAACCUCAGUCUUCUGAAAGUGCAAAGAAGAAAAGGAGAAAAUGAGCUUGUACUUCUCUUAUGUUGAAUUUAAACCGUAGUUAUCAGACACACUCAUCCAAGGGUUGUUAAGUUAAGGUAUGGAACAGGCUGUGGAGAAACUGUUGAGUAUGGAUUUGAACGAAGUCAAAUGUUUGCCUUGGAUUCGGAAUUACACCACAGAGCUUUGGGUGUAUCAUAGCGCUAAGUGAACAGUUGUUUUGUUCUUGUAAUAGGCGUGCAGGAUGUAUGUGCUGCCAUCACAGAAUAUACAGGCACAGUCUGAAGGGACAGACAUGUGAUUUUGGAAAGAUGA